GCUCGGCGUGGACGUUUUCCUGGUCUUCGUUGGUCAUUCUGCUUGUUGGCUGCGCUAUGCUGUAGUGACAAUGGAGAAUCGGGUGGUCUCCCCGGGACCUUACCGCGCCACCAAGCUGUGGAAUGAAGUUACUAAAUAUUUUCGGGCACAAAUGCCACAAAAGAAACACAGACAACACUUCAAAAAAUAUGGAAAUUGCUUUACUGCAGCCGAAGCAAUCGACUGGCUUCAUGAAUUACUCAGGAAUAAUUCUAAUUUUGGUCCAGAAGUUACUAGGCAGCAAACCGUUCAGCUGUUAAGGAAAUUUCUUAAAAAUCAUGUGAUUGAGGACAUAAAAGGAAGAUGGGGUUCAGAAAAUCUGGAUGACAAUCAUAACUUGUACAGGUUUCCUUCAGCUUCUCCUGUUAAAAUUUUGCCACGUCGAUAUCCAUUGAAAGAAACCCCAGAUAAUGUGCCUAAAAAAACAGAAAGUAUGUUUAAAUUACCACAGUACUCCAAGAGACUGCCUAAAAAACAUGACUUUCAGGAAUGUCAGAACAACAAAGAAAAUGUGAAAUGUGAAAAGGAUAAAAAGUGGGUUACAAGUGGCAGGCAAAUAACUCAAGCGGAUAUAGAAGAAGUUUGGCGAAAUGUUGUUAUGAUACAUUUGCAAACUAUUUUAGGUAUACCAUCUUUAGAACACAUCUUGCAACCAGAACAAGUAAUUCCUUCCUACAUAAUAUAUAACAUGACUAAUACAAGUAAACAUGGAGUUGUUCUUCUACAAGAUAAAUCAGAAGAUUUCCCUCACUGGGUAUUGUCAGCUAUGAAGUGUUUGGCAAACUGGCCUAGAUGUAAUGACAUGAGUCAGCCAACAUACAUGGGUUUUGAGCGAGAUGUAUUCAAAACAGUUGCUGACUAUUUUCUCAGUCUCCCUGAACCUUUGCUUACUUUUCGGUACUAUGAAUUAUUUGUGAAGAUCUUAGUUUUGUGUGGCUACAUCACAAUCCCAAACAGAUCCAGUGGAAAAUUUGGUAUCCAGAAUGAUUUGGUAUUUUCAAAACCUUCUCAUUUAAACUCGUUCAAGUCAACUGAAUGUCUUCUGUUAAGUUUGCUUCAUCGUGACGCUGACAAAGAGGAUGAAUCUGAGACUUCUGAUAAAGGUUCUAAAAGGCAUACAAAUGAAAUGGGAUGCAGUAUGAAUUUUCAGCACUCUAACAUGACUUGUAAAGGUGGCGCUAUUCAUGUACAAAAAGGUGGCAGUUGUCAGAAUCUUUCACAGCUGAAAAAUGAACAUACUCUGCCUCUGAAGCUUAAGACAAGAUGUCACUCUUUGGAGGGAAUUGCAGAUACAACCUCAAGCAAAUGUAGUAAAGAUGGAUUUAAACAAUUUUCUCAAGCUGGAAUUCAUAUGGUGCCGUUGACAAGUAAUGAGAACAAACUGUUGUGCUUUGAGAAUAAGCCAGUCUCCUCACUGGAUCUUUGUUCGGAUAACAUUAGUGAAAAACAAACUCAUGGCUUCAGGGGAGUUUCUGCAUCAAGUUUUCCUGGCCAAGAGCAAUCCAGUGCUAACCACAAAUCAAAACAACUUUGCCGGUCUCAAAGUUUAUGUGGAAUUAGAAACUCCAGUUGGUGUGGCAUACAUGCUCCAGUUGCAGAGAUUACAGUGAAACCACAUCCAGUAAACCUUGGUCCCAAAAGUCAAAGCACUACCAGAAUGGCUGUUAAAAUAGGAAGUAAAUCUGUGGGUUCUGAUAUGGCUAUCAAUAAAAGAUUCCACAAAAGUACAACACAGCUUUCAGAAUACAUGUUUUCUCCCAGCUCCUUUACGCUGCCUGGCACAUCACAUUUGUUGCAACCUCAUUUAGAAAGAGUUGCUAUUGAAGCACUGCAGAUUUGCUGCCUAUUGCUUCCACCACCAAAUCGCAGAAAACUUCAACUCUUAAUGCGUAUGAUCUCUCGGAUGAGUGAAAAUGUUGAUAUGCCACGACUUCAUGAUGCAGUAGGCACCAGAACUUUGAUGAUACAGACGUUUUCUCGUUGUAUACUGUGCUGUAAAGAAGUGGAUCUGGAUGAGUGGCUUGCCAUAAGAUUCGUUUCCUUUCUAAUGGAUCACCAACAGGAGAUUUUAGGAAUCCCAACAUAUUUACAAGUUGCAGUACAAGACCACAUAGAAACAUUAAGAACUACUCAGAUGGAAUGUCUUGAAGAAGAACUGAGCACCAUAUUUCCAAGUUACUCCUAUUGCAUGAGGAUUACAUCUCAGGAAUUUGAUGAACAAAAGUUUUCUAUUUCUCAGGCAGCAGUUGCUGAGCUUUUGGAAAAUAUUAUUAAGGAUAGGCAUUUAUCUCUGAAAGAGAAGAAGAAAAAACUUAAGCAGUUCCAGAAGGAAUAUCCACAGAUUUAUCAGAACAGAUUUCCAACCUCAGAGAGUGAAGCCAUUUUGUUUGAUGACAAGCCUACAAUUAAACAGCCGAUGCUCAGCUUGCGAAAGUCAAAGUAUUUUAGCAUGAAAAGUUAAUCUAUACCUCACUUGUCUAUUUAUGAAGAGACUUUUUUUUUAAAUGAACAUUAGAAAUAUUUCAGUAUGCGCAUAUAUGCAAGUACAGAUUUUAUGAAAUGUGCUUAGCUGAAGAAUUUCUUCAUGAAUCCUGAAGACUGUAUUUUAUAAGCAUUGUUUACAAAGCAACCCCCAAAAUUGUAAAUAGUUCCUUUUUUAAUGAACAGAGCUGAAUGAGAUACAGAUGAAGAGCAUAUUAAAUACACCAACAGCAAAAAAGAAAGAAGGGUAGCAGUAGCAUUUAUAAAAACAGCAUGUGCUGUAACUCUUUGCACUGUUUUUGAAAGGAACAUACUGUAUUCUGGAUACCACAAUAUUGUCUUAAUAUUGAUCUUGUGUGUGUGUGUGUUAAUGCUAAGUUAAAUAACACAGCUGAGAACAGGAAGCAUGGAACAUCACCAUAAAGAUAGUGAUUGUAAGCCUGAUUUUUAUUGAACCCUUUAUUAGAAAAAAGAACUCUAUUGCUUAUAAAGCCAUAAAGGAGUAAUUCAUUCAUUGUUUCUAAUAGUUUGAAAUGGUAACUAAUGGUCUCCUGUUUUCUGUAUGUGCUCACAUCUUUCAGUUAUGCUUAAGUUAGUUAUGGUUCACUUUUCAUGUUGCUCUCAAUGAGACUCAUACAUAGCUAAUUUUAUUUGGACUCAAUAGCAUGUUCCUUAGUAGAAUUAGAUUGCCCAGAUUCUCUUCCCCACCAUACUCCUGUUUGUGUUUUCUUUCUAAGGAUUUUCUGUUUCUAAUAUAUAUUUGCAAAUAUCUGAUUUAUAAAAAUCUCUCAGAAGGUUGUUUGAAGAAACUUGUCUAAUUCCUGGUAACUCAGUUAUAUCUUGUAUAGAAUGUUUUAUAAAAUGCAUUACUGUACACACCCAGAACUGAAUUUUAAAUGGAAGAACUUAAAGGACAUUGUUUCAUUCCCUUUCUAUGUACCACUGUGUACCACCACAUUAUAUUAUGGGCACUUUCUGAUGUAAACAAACUUUUCCAGUGAGUU